UGAUCUAAAUGGAAUAAGUUGAUACUUUUCCUCUGUUAUUUCCUCAAAAGAACUUGACAUCUGUAUCCCAAUUAUCCAUUCCACAAAAUUAGAUAAACAGACAUAUAGCCAGAGAGAGAGAGACCACCCAACACAACUACCAACUAUGCCCCAUCAUGGUGGCUCCUGGCAUUCAUCGCCACCGUUAAUCAGCCCUCCACUCCUCAUUAUUCUAUUACCUAUCCUCGCUUUCACACUACUCUUCCUCACCCUACCCCCUCUUCUCUCCGCUGCAACCAACGUUCUCCGACCAGCCUCCGUUAAAACUAGCUGGGAUUCCCUCAACAUUCUCCUCGUCGUUUUUGCCAUCCUAUUCGGCGUUUUUGCAAGACGAAACGACGAUGAACCAUCCCCUCAGCAAAUCCCCAACGACGUCGUUCCGGAUCAAAACGACACGUUCCGUAGAGUGUCAGUGUCGUCUGAAGGAGCUGCAACUAAUGGAUACGAGUCGCACCAAUGGUUCGGAUUCUCUACUGAGGAGAGAAAGAUAUUUGAUGAAACUCCGAACCGGUUGUUAUCACCGGUUAUCGGUGUUAACCGGUUAAGAAGAACCAGCAGUUCUUAUCCAGAUCUACGCCAGUUGGAAACCGGUGAUGACCGUUACAAGUUUCGGUUCUACGACGAUUUCGAAAUCGAGAAACAGUUCCGCUCGCCUGCGAGGGUAACGUUUCCCGCCGUAGACCACCGCAAACGGUGGCCGGAAGAUCGAAGUCAAGAAGAACAAGUUCACGUUAAGGAAAUUCCAGUCGAUACUUUCGAAAUUCGUCCUUCUCCGCCGGUGAAAUCACCAUCUUGUCCUCCGCCACCGCCUCCUCCACCGGCUUCAUCUCGGCGUCAUUCUAACAUGAUGCAUCGGAGAAUGGAGAGUAACAGCGAGAUAACUGAGCUUGAGAUGCAAUUUCCGCCUCCGGAUUCUCCGACAGCGUCACCUCCGCGACCUUCGGUGAAACUACGAUCGGAGAAGAAGAACGGGAAAAGUGAGCGAAGGAAGAGUAACGUGAAGAGAGAGAUAGCAAUGGUUUGGGCUUCAGUACUCUCGAAUCAGAAAAAACGAAAGAAGAAGCAAAGACCGAAAAACGAUCACAAUCAUCAUUACCAUAAUGUUGACGAAUUAAUAAACAGCACGACAGCGCCACCGAUGACGCCGCCGCCUCCACCACCACCUCCACCUCCACCUUCAGUUUUUCAAAGUAUAUUUCGAAAAGGACUCGGCAAAAGUAAAAAAAUCCAUUCAGUGUCAGCGCCGCCGCCGCCUCCUCCGCCGUCAAGGAGAUCAUCCAAGCCGAAGAAUCAGAUCCCUCCGCAACCACCGACUCCUCCACCGGCACCACCUCGCCGGGGAAACCUCAUGAAACCGCCAUUACCGAACAAAUCAAACAACUUCAUCGACCAAACCUUAAACACCGGCAACCAGUCGCCAGUGAUUCCCGUUCCGCCGCCUUUGCCGCCGUUCCAAAUGCCGGCGAUGAAGUUCGUAGUUCGCGGUGAUUUUGUCAAAAUACGAAGCAACCAAAGCUCGCGAAGUACCUCACCAGAACGCGAACACAUGGACGUGGAAGUUUCAGAAACCACUACCGUUACUAACGGCGUUAUGAAUCAUAACGGCGUGGUGAAUGAGGCCGUUUUCUGUCCAAGUCCUGACGUGAACGUGAAAGCUGCAACUUUCAUUGCUCGUCUAAGGGGAGAAUGGAGGCUACAAAAACUUAACUCCAUCAAGGAGAAAAGCAAUGUCUCAUUGCCUCUUGCAAGAGAUUAAUUACACAAUCUAUGCUUAUAACAAUGAUUUUUUAUGUUUUCAAAACCACAAUGCAACCACCAUUGAAGUUACAUCGCAAUUAUACUUCGACGACUAUUUAAAACCCUACACUAUACUUUGUACAAAGACCUAUUAAGAAACUGGGCUCUAAUUAUGGUUAUUUGUUCAAUUAUUAGAGCCUACUGAACAAAAUAUUUUUUUGAGAGUUUUGAGUGGGUUUGUUUGGUUUGGUUUUGUUUUGUUUUGACUUUGAUUGAUAAUCAUCGACUGUAUUUUGUUACUAUGGUCAUAAAGAUCACAUAAUAACAGAUUUGUAUAGGAAGGUAGUUGAGGUGAAGCGCUAAUUCUGUUUUAGAUGUCCUAUUAGAGCUUCCUCCAGAUUUAUUGGGAGUGUGAAGUGAACUUAUGGUUUGCCACAGUUUGUAUGUUUCUAUGAUAUGCAGCAAUGAAUCUCUGAUUCUAUUUCUUUUAUAAAAAACUCUAUAUCAACUUACAUUUUCCUUUUUCUUGGG